AUGCAGUUCUUCGUGACGGUCGCAAGUUUUCUAUUGUUUUUUCACUCCUCUUUAAUUGUCGACGCCGAAUCUGACGGAUCUCUGCGUCCGGGGUCCCCGAACGGAAAUACUGGCCCUUCAAAGAUAUUUCCCUUCAAAGAAUAUAAAGAUUUUCAGAUUUCGGAUGGGACCGCCGGACAUUCUUUGGAGAACGCUCAAAAGGUUUUUGUUGACCCAUUUAACAAUAUCGACCUCAAAGACAUUACUCAAACCGAUUUGAACAAUCUCGUGAGUAUGUCACGAACUGCUGUAGAGCGCGAGUCGGAUUUCAUUACAGCCCAAAGUGAAACUGGAGGAUCCAAAAAGAAUGGCGAUCCACGAUUGGCCGCUGGCUUAAUAGCCAACAAAGUUCUCAAAUUAGUCGGUGAAUUACAGGUUAUCAAGUUACACCAAAAGCUCAACCUCCAUCAGAAGGACCCUAAAGGCAGGCUGAUUGAGCACCAAACAAAACUCACAAAGAACACCAAGCUAGACCGCGCGAACGCAGGAAAGACGAUGAUCUCGAAAACAUAA